GUAUAUACUUCGAAUUCGUACUGACUCGCAUCAUGGUCAGGCCAAGAGGUUGCAGUGCGAAGCAAUUUGCACACCUCACCGUUCUACAUGCAGUAGGAAAGCGAUUGUACUGGGUUGAGAUGCUCUGGUUACGAUAGCGCAACAUCAUGCCUGGAAGCCCUCCGGAUUACGGCUCCAUCGCAUACUGGGAGAACCGCUUUGCUUCUGAGCUCAACGAAAAGGAAUCUCUGCGCAAUGAGUUUGAAUGGCUUGGGGACGGAAGCUCGACACUUCUGCCUGCCCUCACCGAGCAUUUGCAAGUGAGCAGCUCUGCAGCGAAGUCGUUCGGCGUGCUGAAUAUUGGCUGUGGGAAUAGCGCACUUCAUGUCGCCGUUCGGUCGUUGUACGAACAGCAUGGGCUUGAUUUCGGUCAGAUUUUGAACCUCGACUAUUCGGCUUCAGCACUCAAGGCCGCGAGUGUUAUAGAGCAACGAGCAUUCCCUUCGCAGUCAAACGCGCAAGAGCAUAUGACCUACAAGCUGGCGGACUUGCUUCAAUGGUCUUCUCUGAACGGCGCAUUGCAAAACCGCGUUUUCGAUGCCAUACUGGACAAGAGCACAGCAGACGCCAUCGCCACGGCAGCAGAAGUGGUGCUACUGCCGAUCGCUUCGGUUUCAGCUGCGGCAGCGGGACUUGCUUACCAAGAAAGCUUAUGCCCGCUUUUGCCCCUCUCACUGCGCAGCUACAUGACACUGCCCCCCACAGAUACCAGGAUCGCCUACGCCUUGCCGCCGGACGCGAAGCGCAUUCAUCCUGUCCGCCUGCUUGCGGUUCACCUCGCCGCUGUCGUCAAGCCGGGUGGCAUCUGGCUGAUAUUGAGCUAUUCCUCAAUACGGUGCGAAUUUCUUCAAGACAGUGCGUUUCCUGAAGAUGAGCUGGCGAUAAACAGACUCUGGGUGCUAGAUCGGACGGUACCGUUGGAAGUCGAAGAUGCGAGUGGAAGCGCUUUCGCGCCUAAGGUCCAGCAUUGGUGUUAUGCGCUGCGACGAAGGGAUCACAACGAUGCACUGUGAUUCAGAUGGGCUAAAUGUAGAAUAUGCGCAGAAGCCUGCACUAGGCAGAUGGAUUUAAGGAUACCGAAC